CGACUGCGCUGCCCAGGCUAUCGCGCAGGGUAGGGAGUUGAUUAAACGUUUCUGCCUCGAUGGAAGACCAAGAUAGCCAGACUCACAAUGGGCUAGCUGCAAUUGAUAACUGCUGCGAACAUGGCGUAAGGCCAACUGCAGCACCCCUGUUGGAUCACAAACAGUUUCGACAGCAGGGAUCAGAAAUGGUCAAUUAUGUCGCAGACUACCUGGAAAGUAUUGAGAAAAGAAAAGUCUUUCCUACCGUUCCUCCGGGUUACUUGUCCCUACUGCUGCCCAAAGAAGCCCCACAACAACCGGAACCAUGGGAAGAUGUUAUGGCUGACAUUGAACGCGUGAUCAUGCCAGGGAUUACACACUGGCACCACCCACGAUUUCAUGCGUAUUUCCCGGCUGGGACCUCUUAUCCAUCCAUGUGUGCCGACAUUUUGACCAACGGAAUUGGUUGCAUUGGCUUCAGUUGGGCAUCCAGCCCGGCCUGUACCGAAUUGGAAGUGGUCAUGAUGGAUUGGUUGGCGAAACUGCUACAAUUACCAGAACAAUUUAUAUCCGGUAAGAAUAGUGGCGGAUUCAUCCAGGCCACCUGCAGUGACGCAACACUGCUUGCAUUGUUUUCGGCCAGAAACCGAAGUAUUCACAAGUAUCAAACUGAGCAUCCAGGGGCCAGUGUAUACGAAGCCGCUUCGAAACUUGUUGGAUAUUACUCCGAUCAGGCUCAUUGUUCCGUGGAACGAGCAGGCUUGAUAAGCAUGCUUCGAUUGAGGCCAAUUGUGACCGACUGUACCUAUGAAAUGCGAGGAGACGACCUACAGCGAGCCAUAGAGCAGGAUUUGGAAAACGGACUGCUGCCUUUCUUCUGUACUGCUACACUUGGCACAACCGCAUCGUGUGCCUUUGAUCGGUUGGCGGAACUUGGACCAGUUUGUAACCAAUAUGACCUAUGGUUGCACGUGGACGCCGCAUACGCUGGCUCCUCUUUCAUAUGUCCGGAAUAUCGCCCAUUAUUGGACGGUAUCGAAUACGCAACAUCGUUUGUGUUCAACCCGCAUAAAUGGCUGCUAGUCAACUUCGACUGCUCAUGCGCAUGGUAUAAGGAUGUGAACUGGGUUAUGAAGUCGUUUUGUGUUGAUCCAGUCUACCUGAGGCACCGUUAUUUCGGGGAAGCACCGGACUUCAGAGGAGACAACAAUGCCACCAAACGACUGUAUGAAGCGAUCGAGGAAGAUGGUCGUAUUCAUAUGAUUCCAUCGGAAUUCCAUCAUCCAGCGCCAAUCUUCUUCAUUCGCUUUGCUGUGUGCUACCAUUCAGCCACAAGGGAUCACAUCGAAUUUGCCUUUGAUGUGAUUCAAGAAAUGACCGAUCAAGUGCUGGUCAGCACUAGCUGCUAAAUGAGUCACUUAGUCACAUUUUCCAAUCAUUCCGAUGUGCGCCCCUUACACUGUACACGCAUGUCACUUUUGCUUUAUCCUGAUAUUCUUGUCCCCUCUUUGUAA